GCCUCCGCACGUCAGUUGUGUACUCUACCCCGGCAGGAAUCGAGCUAAGACCGAGAAGUCUCCUGGCACUUCCGGACGUGGGAAUUAAAGGCUUGGACAUCAAACCCACGCGGGUGUCCUCAUGACUUCCCCUGCAGACCAUGUCUAUGAUCCUUUUUGCCUGUGUGGUGAGGGUGAGGGAUGGACUGCCCCUCUCGGCCUCCACUGACUUUUACCACACCCAGGAUUUUCUGGAAUGCCGGAGACGGCUCAAGACUUUAGCCUUGCGACUGGCCCAGUACCCAGGUCGAGGUUCUGCGGAAGGACGUGACUUCAAUAUACAUUUUUCUUCUUUGCGGGAUGUGGCUUGCAUGGCUAUCUGCUCCCGCCAGUGUCCAGUGGCCAUGGCCUUCAGCUUCCUGGAGACCGUGUGGUGGGAAUUCACAGCUUCCUACGACACCACCUGUAUUGGCCUAGCCUCCAGGCCGUACGCCUUUCUCGAGUUUGACAGUAUCAUUCAGAACGUGAAGUGGCAUUUUAACCAUGUAAGUUCCAUUCAGAUGGAGAGCAGCUUGGAAAAAAUUCAGGAGGAGCUGGAGUUCCAGCCUCCAGUGGUUCUCACUCUGGAGGACACGGAUGUGGCAAAUGGGCUAAUGAACGGUCACACACAGAUACACUUGGAGCCUGCUCCUAAUUUCCGAAUGGAACCAGUGACAGCCCUGGGUGUCCUCUCGCUUAUUCUCAACAUCAUGUGUGCUGCUCUGAAUCUCAUCCGUGGGAUUCACCUCGCAGAACAUUCUUUACAGAAGCCAGAGGGGCCUGCCGGGGGAGCUGGUGAGAAAUAG